AUGGAACCGGUUUCACAACAACGACUUGACGAACUAAAAGCAAAAUUAGCUUUGCUUGAGGGUGACCGGAAAGCAUACUUUGAGAGUGCGUUACAUGUGCUUGCAGAAAACAAGAAAGGAGUAUGUGAUCUACGACUUGAAAAUACGAAAUUGAGGAACAUUUUGCGAGAAAGACUUUCAGCUGAUCAACAUAUUAUAAACCACGUACUUCAUAAUCGACAAGCUGAUAAAGUUUACAUGGCCAACAAAACUGGUGCAGUUGCGAUUGAGCUUAUGGACUAUCGUAUUUGUGACACAAUGAAAAAGCUGAAUGCCUUGAAACAUACUACUGUUCAGAAAGAAAAAAGGAUAGAAGAGAUAAAAUCGCAGUAUAGAGAGAUUGCACAACUAAUUGAGGAUGGGAAUGCUACAUACGCAGGAACAAACAAAGAAGGGAAAAUGCUGCGUGAUCUAGAAAAUCGCCUUGAUAAAGCUCAACUAAAGUAUCAUGAGGCAGAACACAUACGAAAAACUUAUGAACAGAUAAAAGAACGGCUUCAAGACGAACAUCUUACAUAUGAACAUAGUCUCGAUCAUUUAGAAAAACAGAUAAAGGCAACUCAAGAAGAAGUUUCACAGCUUCAAAAAAUGUAUAAUGAUGCUAUAUUAGCCCGUGAUGCAGCUCAACGAGAACUGAAGUUUCAAGAAGAACAUAUUACCUCUGAACGUCGACGCCGUGAGAUUGAACUUGCUAACAUGAAGAGAAUUGUCGAGGGCAAGAAGAUUAUUGUCGAUAAAACCGAACAACAGCCUAGUAGAGAAUCCAUUUCUUCUGAAGUUGUUCAAAGUGAAAGUGUUCGAGAUCCUAGUGGAGGUACUGGAGAAAAAAUUUCAGGUUUAGGAGGAAUAGGAAUAACAGAAGAUCAACAAUUGAAAAUAGCCAGUUAUGAAGAAUCAUUUAAAAGUAUUAAAGAAGUUACUGGAUUAUCUGACCUUGAUCAGAUAGUUAAACGAUUUCAAAGUCAAGGUGAAACAUUGAAACAUUUGAAUGAACUAAAAAACAAGGCUGAAAAGCAGUGUCAAGAACUUCGUAAACAAAGAGAUAAGUUACAACAGGAAUUUGAGGAACUCAAGUAUUCUGGUGAGACAGAACUAAAGAGUGUAAAUCAAAUGUUGGAUCAGUAUCAUGAAGAAGCAAAUGCAGAAGCUGAACGUCGAGCUAGAUGUCAUCAGAAUGCAGAAGAUGCUAAUCAUCUUCUUACUGAAUGCAAGGCAGGAGUUGAUCAUAUAUAUGAUAAAUUAUCUUUUCUAAAUGUGCCUACAAUUAAAGGAAUAGAAAAUGUUAAUGAUGAAAAUGAUAUUAACAUCAGUGAUAUACCAGAACUUCUUAAAAUGUGUAAUAGUAAAUUGGAUGAACUUAUGGAUAGUUUAACUGAUGUCAACAUUGAUGAACAACUGAAUUUAAUGGAACGAGAAGAGUUCUUUUCAAAACUGGAAACUGGAAUCCCAGAGAAUAAUAUGCGAAUACACCUUCCUCCUGUUAUGAAGUGUGAAAGUGUUGCUGAUGACAAUGAUGGAGGUGCUGAUGAUAAUGAUAUACUAACAAGAACAGCUUUGAAGAAACAAGCUCAACAAAUUGUUGAGAUGAGAAAUAAGAAAAGACAAAAUAAAAAGAAGAAAAGGAAGGCACGAUAA